ACCCUGGAUAAGGGACUAGCCCACUGAAUCCGCGGUACUUCCGUUCCGCAGCAGGCGUGAGGCACCAACCGAGACAGUGGCGGAGGUCCAGACACAAUAGAGAGGGUUUUUUGGCUCUUCUCCAAUCCAAACCGGUAUGUCGGAUGAGGAUUCCCGUGCCAGCACCAGCUCCUCCUCCUCGCCGUCUCCUGCUUCCAUCCAGAACCGCCAGAGGGACACUCCUUGCAAGAAACGGGAAAGCAAAGCCAGCAUGAACAAGACCUCCAAGUUACUGUCCACCAGUGCCAAAAGUGUGUUUGUCUGCGCACACAGGAUUCAGAAGGAAUUGGCAGACAUCACACUGGACCCUCCGCCAAAUUGCAGCGCCGGGCCCAAGGGAGACAACAUCUAUGAGUGGCGCUCCACCAUCCUGGGACCCCCGGGCUCCGUGUACGAGGGAGGAGUCUUCUUCCUGGACAUCGCUUUCACGCCCGACUACCCCUUCAAACCCCCAAAGGUGACGUUUCGCACGAGGAUCUACCACUGCAACAUCAACAGCCAGGGGGUGAUCUGUCUGGACAUCCUGAAGGACAACUGGAGCCCCGCCCUCACCAUCUCAAAGGUCCUGCUCUCCAUCUGCUCCCUGCUCACAGACUGUAACCCAGCCGAUCCCCUCGUGGGAAGCAUCGCCACCCAGUACACCACCAACAGAGCAGAACAUGAUCGGACGGCCAAACAGUGGACCAAGAGAUACGCCACAUAGACGCCUGCAGCCCAGCCGUGUGUGUGUCAGGGGAGGGAGGGGUAGAGAGGGGGGGUUGUAGAGGGUUUGGGGGGGGGGUUGGGGUAAUCCGCGUGGUUUGUGUUCAGGAAUGGUUUCUAUCUCAGAUUUUUAGUACUUUAUUGUCUGGUAUAUUUUUUGCUUCCUCAUUAAGUUAUCGCCGCAAAGUAAGGUAAUAAAGAAAACCUAUGGAAAGAAGA